GAAGAUGCGUUUUGAGUGUCCCCUAUGCUAUGAAAGCUAAGUAGAGUUUGUGGACUGUCGCUAGAACCACGGUUAGCACUGUAUACAUGUUACUAGCGAUGUCCCAGGCGCUUAAGGAUAGAACCUACCGGUGAAGCCUACGUGUAAUUUAUAGAUAGUAUGGAGCUCAUACGCAUCCGUUUCACGCUUGCGGUAUUCCUCGUAUGUGCACUGAGUUGGCAGGCAUCCUUUUGUCAAGUGGUUCGCUACACUCCGGAAUACCUCUCGUGCAUUAAGGGGGUUGCAGCUCGCGUCAAUUGCUCCGCCGGCGUCUACACCGCUGGCGAUGUGGCUACUGGAUCUGUUCCGAACUGUGCCUUGCCGUUUUGGGAGCCAGCGAAUGCCGUCAAUCGCACGACCGUCAAGCUGCUGCAUCCCAACAUUGUCAUCACCAACACCACAGUCAUCCCCAUGGCUGCAAGCAUAUCAAAGGUCAUGCAGUACCCGCUGGGGGUGGAUGUGGUGGAGUCGCAGGUGUGGACUCGCGAGCCGCUGCGGGAGUUCGAGUCGGUGUCACCGUCCGGAGUGCGUCAGGCCUGGUUCCUGGACCCGGUGCUGACGGCCGACAUGGCGGACGAGCCGGUGGCUGCGCUGCAGGACCUGAGCAAGCUUGUGCUGCAGGACACCAACCUCAACUGGGCUGGAUUCGGCACGUUCUUCCGCCGGUUCGCAUCCGUGUACGACGGGAAGGUGGUGGGGCUGCCGGUGAGCGCCGCCAUCAUGCUCUUCUACUACCGUCGCGACUUCUUCGAGGCCCAGGGCCUGCCAGUCCCCGCCACGUGGGAGGAGGUGGUGGACAUCGCCGAGCGCUACAACGGCACCCGGCUGGAGGGGGGCGGGGAGGGAGGCGCGUGGGGCUUCUGCAUGUCAAGACAGCCGGGCUGCUACAACGGCUACACCUUCCAGGCGCUCCAGGUCCCCUUCCUGCAGGCAGGCGGCACCAGCCAGGGAUUCCACUUCGACAGCGACACCAUGCGGCCGCUGCUCAACAGCUCGGGCUCCCUGCGCGCCGCCGAGCUGUACCGGCGCCUGUCCCGCUUCACCGCGCCCACCGAGAACGUGUCCUGCCUGCCCGUCAGCCUCUCAUUCGUGGCGGGCAACUGCCUCAUGGCGGUGGGAACCACACUGCACUUCAAGUACGCCACCUUCAACAACAGCCUCAACAAGGUCACCCGCGUGCGCGGCCGCACCGGCACCGCGCUCCUGCCCGGCAGCACCCAAGUGGAGGACCGCGCCACCGGCCGCCUGCUCACAUGCAACGAAACGCUGUGCCCCUUCGGCCGGCGCCACACGCUGCAGAACGGCUCCUCCAUCUGGGUCAACUCCGCGCCGUACGCCGGCCGCGGCGCCUUCACCUACGCCAUCAACGCGCACAGCCCGCCGGAGCAGCAGUACAUGGCGUACCGGCUGUGCGCUCGGAGGGUGUAUGCGGGCGCCAUGUGGCCCUCCGUGCUCAGUGCUACUGCGGAGACCACCCCUGUCCGCAGCGAGAUGGUGGACCCCGCCAACCUGCCCCGCUACACCGCUGCCGGCUACCACCCGGCCGACACGCUGCUGUUCAUGCGUGCAGUGGCGGAGACGGUGGAGCACUCCAACAUCGCGCUCAACCUGCGCAUCCGGGGAGCCAUUGACUACUACCUGGCCGUCGACGCUGCCGCCGUGGCGCUCACCGACACCUCCCGCCCCGUGGCCGACAUCAUGGCGGAGGCGCAGCGGGCGGUGGAGGCGCUGUACGCCAACACCUCAGCCGACUGGCUGAGGCAGCGCUACUGGAAGAACAUGGACCGCAAGCUGCCGCCGCCCUCGCCGCCGCCGCCGGCUGUUCAGGCGCGCGCCCCCGCCCUAGACCGCAGCGCCAAGGUCGGUGUGGGUGUGGGUGCGGGGCUGGGCGGCUCCCUGCUGCUGGCGUCCCUCGCGGCGCUGCUGGGGCUGGUGGCGGCGCGGAGGUACCGCGCGCGCCGGGACGGAGCGGGGGGGUCCGGGGGCUCGGGAGGGGGGUACGUGCCGUUCGCUAGCGAGCAGUGCACACUGGUGGUGACGGAUGUGGAGAACAGCACCAACCUGUGGGAGGCGCUGCCCGCCGAGGUGAUGCAGGCGGCGCUGCAGCUGCAUGACGGGCUGAUACGGCGGCUGCUGGCGCGGCACGGCGGCUACGAGAGCGCCACGGAGGGCGACUCCUUCAUCGCCGCAUUCCCCACGCCGCUGGCAGCGCUCAGGUUCGCCUCGGAGCUGCAGGCAGAGCUGACGGAGGCCAAGUGGCCGACGGAGCUGCUGCAGGAUGCCGACAUCUGCCGCCCGCUGUACGCCAUCGCCAAGAGCGCCAAGGAGGUGCAUCUACAGCUGGCGGGCCGCACACCCUCCCAGGCCACCGUCUCCCGCACUGCCGGCAGCGGCACCACCGCCACCACCCUCACCGCCACCAACGCUACCCGCAGCUCAGCGCUGCUCUCGCGCGUGUCCCCCUCCGCCUCUUCACACACCAGCCAGGCCAGCAGCGUCGCCAAGCUGAAGCUGCGUGCCGGCGGUACGGCAGGAGGAGCGCUGACGGCGGCGGCGGUGGCGGAAGCGACGGGCGACAACCUGGAGGUGCAGCCGGAAGGCCCACAGGAUGCGGACGCGACGCCGACGGAGGUGGCGGUUGCAGCGGAGGGUAAGGAGUCAGCGGCGGCGGUGACGGCGGCGGCUGCAGCGACGGUGCACAUGCAAAGUGUCAGCCAGGACCUGGCGGUGCUCUCCCGCUCCGCAUCACUGUCGGAGAUCCCAGCCGAGGGCGCCGCUGCUGCUGCGGCUCCUCGCAGGCCGCUGCGCGCGCCGCCGGGCGCCGCAUGGCACACCUCCAGCUCGCGUCUUUCGCUGCUGUCCGGCCGCAAUCGCACCGCCGCCGCGCCAGCGCCAGCGCCGGCGCCGGUGGCGGCACCGCAGCCCUCCCCACUGCCGGGCCGCACACGUCAGAGCUUAUCCUCGCUGCUCCGCUCCAAGACUACCGACCUGCUACCCGGCUUGGCGCCGUCGACUUGGAUGGCCGGGGCGGCGGCAAGCACCGGCUCAGACCUGGAACGCGGCCCGACGGAGGCAGCCGGCGGAGGCGGCGGCGACGUCGCCUCUGCCUCGCUUCCUGCGCCGCCAUCUUCCACGGAUCAGGACCAGGAGCCUCCUCGACUGCUGCUGCCGUCGGCUGCUGCCGUUCAGAGGGGCCUCAGCAGCGGGGCGCUGUUUGGCUUGCUGGGAGAUUCGACAGCAGCUGACGGCGAGCGUGUGGAGCCGCCCACCCCGGCUCCCGACUCCCCAGCAGCUACAUCGCGUCCGCUGCAGUCCGCUGCUACGAGCCGGAAGCUGCAGCAACCCCAGCUGGCGGCUGCGGCGGCGGCCGCUGGCCCUGUUGUGCCGUACGGCGGCGGCGGCGGCGGCGGUGCUCUGGCCGUGGUGGACCUGGGGAGUGUUGGCGGCGACUCUACGUGGACGUUCGGGUGGGAGACGUGUGCGGGGUGGCAGCUGGUGGAUGCGCCGGCGCCUGGUGCGGUGAUGGUGUUCAGGGGCCUCCGGGUGCGAGUGGGGCUGCACUCCGGGGUGCGGGAGCACGAGAUGACUCUCAACAAGACCUCGGGCCGGAUCACCUUCUGCGGCCUGGUCAUGCGGCUAGCCAAGGCGGUGUCGGACGCAGCGCAUGGCGGCAUGAUCGUGAUGUCGGAGGUGGCAGCGGGUCUGCUGGCGAGUCAGACCGAGGCGGCUGCUGCGCUGGCGGCGGAGGGGCAGGAGCUGUGGCAGCUGGGGCGCGUGAGCCUGGAUAAGGAGCUGAGGCCCGUGGAGCUGUUCCAGCUCAUGAGUCCCGCCCUGGCUCCCCGCCUGCUGCUCCAGUCCCCGCCCCGCGUCAAGGCGCAGCUGCUGCCCGGCCUGCUGUCCGCCCCCACCGGCCUGGUUGCCCUUGUGCGCUUCCAGGUAGCCGGCCUAGCCGCGCUGCACGCCUUGCAGCCUGCGCUGGCGGAGGAGGUGAUGGGCGCGUGGGAGCAGCUGCUGCUGGAGACGCUGCCCGCCAUGGGGGGUUAUCUGUCGGAGACGCGCAGCGGCGGAGGCGAAGGAGUGGUGGUGGCGUUCGCGGACUGCGGCUGCGCGCUGGCGUGGGCGCUCUGCGUGCAGGCGGAUAUGCUGCACUGGGAGUGGUCUCCCGAGCUGCUGAGUCAGGACGCCUUUGGAACCAUCGAGGUGGAGACCCCGGCGGCAUUCGCACACUUGCUGCCCAGGGCCGCGCGGCCGUCACUUGGCGCGGCAGACGCCUCUCACCUCCCAGCCAACGCGAGUGCUGCCGCCGAGGCAGCAGCAACACCGCUCGGCGGUAGCCAGCUCAGCCGCCUUCAGCUCUACCACGACGCGGGCUUCGGAGCGCCACGCAAGCGCUUGACCCAGGUUGAGCUGUCCGGGCCUAGCCUGCUGGCGCCGCUGGCAGUGCCGCUGGCGGGUCGGGGGGGUGCCGGCGGCGGCGGCGGCAGCAUCACCGUUGGUGACGGCGGCGGCGGCAACGCCAGCCGAGCUGUCGGCUGGCUCAAGCUGCGCAACAUGCUGCGCAGCGUGCGGACCAGCACCGCCGCGGAGGGCCAGGGGGUGGCCGCAGGUGCGGAGUUCUGGGACGUAGGUGGCGGCGAGACGGGCACUACCGGCGGCUUGCGGAAGUUGCGAGUCGGGCAGCCGUCACCGACAGGGCCAUCCGCAAGCGGACCGUCUGGAAUGCUGCGUAAGCCUACAGCAGCAGUUGCCGGUGCUACGUAUGGUGCGGAGGCGGUUGCUGCCGCUGUAGAUGCUGCUACAAAGGCCGACGAGAAGGACUCGGCGCUAAGCCCUGAUCCCGCUCAACCGUCCGAGCCGCGCCUGCCCCGCCCCACGGCCACGCCGACCUGCAUUCAAGCCGCGGCAGAGCCCAGGCUGCGCGUCAGCAACAGCGGCGGCAUUACCGCGGCCGCGACCGCGGCCAUCGCUGACACCGCCGCUGACCGUGGCGACGGUGGCGACAAUAACGAUGGCGGCGAGGGUAACGGCGACGGUUGGGUCGGUGAUCUGCCCGGCAGCGGCGGCGCCGACGUGCCGACGCAACACCUGCUGUUCCGUGGUCCGCGCACACGGGCGGUGGUGGACGUGGGGCAGGUGGGCACGGAGGUGUGCCGGGCCACCGGGCGGCUGUUGUACCGCGGCAGGGCGGCCAAGAACGUAGCGAAGCUGCUGGAGGUGGCACAGCGGGGCCAGGUCAUAUGCACGCCCGCAGCGCAUGCCGCUGCUGCCGCCGCUGCUGCGGCCGCCGGCAUCUCACUGACGCCAGUGCAGACCGUGGGGACCGCGCGUCCCCGCGGCAACCGGGCAGCGCACGGUCUUGCUGGUGGCAGCCACGGACUGCAGGCGGGCGUGGAGGAGGGCUUGGGCGGCGCCAAGGUCUCGCAUUAUCUGUGCUCGCUUGCACCUAUUUCCGUGGCCACAUGCGGACAUGCAGAUUGGGUGCCCGACGCAGCUAUGUAGGAGGGAUCAUGCAGGCCGUGAAGGAGAAACUGUGAAACAUGGUUGCAGGAACAGCCGGCGUGCUUUGUUGCAUCUUCCUGGAGACGGGCGUGCGCUGGCGGGGGUAGGAGCUUGUGGGGGGCAGCCUGGCAGUGUCCCUAGUUUUCAGGAUUUGGUCAUGCGCUGUUAGGUUGUACGGGGCCGUCGCUAGGCAGAGAGUGCCUGCACGCCAGGAAGUGUGCUCCUCGUGCGGGUGUUUGGGAGGCGGGCAGCGUUUCACCGCGCAUACUUAGCCAGCGACUGAGCGUAGUAUGGCCAAGCUACACAUGGCGGUGUCAGUUCUGAUGGAAUCCGUGAACGAUGUUCACAUUGAACAAAGCAAGCCAUACAACUUCCAAAGAGCAGGCCGAACGGCUCUGUACAAUUUACGAAAACCGUACGACAUCGAAAGAAGGAAACCUCAGUUUCCGCUACGUCGCUACGCUAUGUGCGAAACCAAUUACCCGGGGUUGGUAUAGCAGGAUUUGUUCGCCUAAUGUGUAAUGGUAGUGUUUAUGGUUUUAGCGUUGUUUCCGUUGGCAACCGGGGCAUGUGCAAGGCUUGAUUGCUAGCGGGAGACCAGCAUGCGGCUGGGAUGGUAGGCAUGGUCCAAUGUUGUUAGCAGCUGAGGGCAACAAUGUGGCAUGUGCGUGCACCAUUGUUGCUUUGACCGUUUAGGUGUUGUUCGGCGGCGCUGAGAGAGCGUUGUAAAGUGCGGGUGUUCUGAGGGGACGUUUUAUUGCAAUGGCAGCCAUCUCCUCAAAUGUGCAAUUGAAGGGGCGGCUAUUAUUGUUACUACUGUCGUGCCAUGUCUAGCACGGUUUUGGCGUGUGGACUUUGACUCAACUCUAUCCUGUGAUUGGCUGCAAGCUGUGGUUGGGACGAAUGCGGGUUCUUUGGCUCACCGGCUGUCGAUACCACGGUACCACCAUGGCGGGCCGCGUUGCGGACGUGAGGGACAACAGGUCACGGUCAUACGGAGUUCGCAGAUUUUAUUCUCCGGAAUCCGGCAUGGAGACGAUAGUUACUUUUUAUAAUAGUACUACACCCCGGAGUAGUUUUCCCUACAUCCGCUGACACUAUCAUGUAUGUAAGGAGGAACAGCUAGAGUCACUGGGCAUUCAUUGCCACCGCUCCUUGUAACCCUAUGUAAACAGAAA